AUAUAGUAUAAUCGGCAGUAAUCUUACAGUGCCUCGAUUAGACUCGACGUCGCUGUCGCGUACAUUUGAUUUCUUUCUCGGGGCGCGAUUCGCGAAAAUAAUAUAUGAGUUAAUUUUUAAUAUAUAUACGCAGAUAUUUCUGGCCAUUGUGUCUAAUCUUGCGACGGAAAUAGAAUAAAAUCAUUCUCUGGCAUGAUGCAUAUUCAACCGGGAAAUCUCCUGACGCCGAGCAAGAUACAUUAUUUGGCGGUUCUCUUUCUGUCGCUGAAUUGCUUAGUGGCGCCGAUUGCGCCUGGAAACAUCGUGCUGAUUAUUACCGACGAUCAAGAUUUAACUUUAGAUGGCAUGACGCCGAUGACGAAUACCCUGAAUCUCAUAGCAUCUCAGGGUGCCACGUUCACGAAUUGCUUCGUAGCUUCGCCUAUCUGUUGCCCGAAUCGUGCGUCCAUCCUGACCGGACGAUAUCAGCAUAAUCACUUGACGGUGAACAAUUCUAUCGCCGGUGGUUGCAGUAGCACGCAAUGGCAACGAUCGCAAGAACCGGCAACAUUUGCCGCUCUCCUGCGAAACAUCGCCGGAUACAAGACGUUUUACGCCGGAAAAUACCUGAACGAGUACGGAAGCGAAAAGGUCGGUGGUGCAGCUCACGUACCAGUGGGAUGGGACUGGUGGGCUGGUCUUUUAGGAAAUUCCAAAUAUUAUGAUUAUUCGUUGUCGAUAAAUGGUACCGAGACCAAGUACGGUGAAAAUUCGAGCGAUUAUCUUACGGAUGUAAUCAGUAAUCUGGCCAUAGAUUUUAUUAACGCAUACUCGAACGAUCAACCUUUCCUCAUGGUAUUAGCACCUCCAGCCCCUCACGCACCUUUUACACCUGCUGAUAGACAUAAUGAUAAAUACAAUGACACGAAAGCAAAGACCCCAAAUUUUAAUGUUCCCGACAAACAUUGGUUAGUUAGAAAAGGUCCAACUCCUUUGCCAAACAGUGUAUUACCAUUAGAUAAGAUAUACAGGAAGAGAUGGGAAACUUUGCUAGCGGUCGAUGAACUCGUUGAAAAUAUAUACAAUUUGCGGAAAGCGAGAAUCUUUUUGGAACGAACCUACUUUAUUUAUACCUCCGACAACGGA